UAAGCCAGUAAGCCAUGAAGAAUUUGUAUCUCAUCUAGAAGGAUUUAAGAUUAGCUUAAGUCAAAAUGAAAGGUCAUUGUAGUUUCCUAGCAGUUUUUGCCUUAUUGGCGUUGGCUUCCAUUUUGGGCACCUCAGCUUAUGACCCAAGCCCUCUCCAGGAUACCUGUGUAGCCAUCAAUGACCCCAAGACUGGAAUAUUUGUCAAUGGAAAGUUCUGCAAGGACCCAAAGUUUGUUACAGCAGAUGAUUUCUUCUUCUCAGGGCUUAACAUCCCAAGAGACCCAUCAAAUCCUGUUGGAUCAGUUGUGACUCCGGUGAAUGUUGACCAAAUACCAGGCCUUAACACUAUGGGCAUCUCCUUGGUUCGUAUCGUCUUCCCUAUAGGCCUCAUUCACUUCCAGCAAAAUGUGGGAAAGACUAAUGCCGUUGCCUUUGCUAGUUUGAGUAGCCAGAACCCUGGGGUGAUUACCAUACCAAAAGCUGUUUUCGGAUCGAAUCCACCUAUCAAUCCUGAUGUUCUUACUAGAGCUUUCCAGCUUGACAACAAUGUGGUGAAGUAUCUCCAGUCUCGUUUCGGGUGGAAAAACAAUUGAGGGGAUAGGCUUUGACUUAGUAGCCAUGAACCAGUAGCUUGUUUACAAUCACCUCAACAUACUAAGCAAGAAUAAAGGCAUGAUUAUAUCUUAAA